AUGCCGGACCUACCGGCGCAGCUCUACUUCGCUUAUGGUAGUAACCUUUGGCUGCAGCAAAUGGCCAGCCGCUGUCCCGAGAGUUACUACGUUGGGAGGGCGGUUCUAAUGGAUCAUCGAUGGCAGAUCAACAGUCGAGGCUUCGCGAAUGUACUCCCUUGCAGCGGCUACAAUGUGCAUGGAUUGGUCUACCAAGUAAGCGUCGACGAUGAAGCUCGCCUCGACAGGAAUGAAGGUGUUCAUUCCGGCGCUUACACCAAGUCAUAUCAUAGCGUCGUGCUACACGAAGCUGUUGAGGAUCUCCAGCUUCCAACACGAUACCUUGUGCAAGAUGGUGGAAUAGAUAAGGCUGUCAAUGCAGUGCGGUCAGGAUCGCGAUCCCAUGAGCCCGAGCAUCAAGGCAGGAUCAGGAGCAACGUUCUGGUUUAUCUCAGCAGUCGUCACUCUCAGUGGGGUACCGCACGGGACGAAUACGUUGAUCGCAUGAACUGUGACCGUCCAUUCCACCGAGGUCAGCCUCAAGAAGAUCUCAACGGGAAGGGCAGGCGAGAGGAGAGGGGCGUCAAAGUCGUCAUCGCAGACAUAGCUCGGACCCCGAAGAGCCUCGGCGAAGAAGACGCAGGAGCUCGUCUCCGCAACGCAGAGCCUGGGCAAUACAUUGCUUUCAAUGCUCCUGCUAAUGUGAGCCUUAACAAGCUGGUCAGCCGCAUGCAAGCCAGGUCUCAGGCUGCGCAGUGCGCCUGCUCGAUGACUGAGUCACCGUCGAUGGUAUUGCCAUAA